AUGGACAACGGAUACAUGCUUUUCAACCACUUUCGCGUCCCCAGAUCAGCGAUGCUUUCCCGCUAUGCAGAAGUGGCGGACGAAACGGGCGCAUUUGUUUCGAUGGGUCAUCCUGCCGUCGUUUAUGGCUCGCUCACAUACGUCCGCGGCCAGAUCAUCAUGCAUGCACGCCUUGUGCUAGCGCGAGCUGUUACAAUUGCUGUACGCUACUGCUCGAUUCGGCGGCAAUUCAGAGAUCGCGACUCGAAAAGUCCGCAGGAUGACGAAAUGAAGGUGUUGGACUAUCCGACGGUGCAGAUCCGUAUCCUGCCUUUGCUCGCCACGACGUUCGCUCUGCAUUACACGGGUGAGUACAUGUACGAGCUUUACCGAAAGAGCAGAGAAACUAUCGAGGCGGGUGAUUUCGGGCCUCUUGCGGAGUUGCACAGCGCGAGUAGCGGUCUGAAAAGUUUAUGCACCACACUUGCGGCUGAUGGCAUUGAAACAUGUCGUCGAGCAAUGGGAGGUCAUGGGUUUGGUGGACGCAGUGGGCUUGUAGGACUCAACGCAGACUAUCUUAGUAAGCCUACGGUAGAAGGAGAUAACUGGAUGAUUACACAGCAGGUGGCGUCCUACUUGAUCAAAAAAAUAUCUGAGGCGGUGAAAGAUCCUCACGCCACGCCAAAAGAUCCCACCGACGAGCUUUUCCAGUACUACCUCAAGAAUAGGAGCCACCGCGUACCGCAGACUGUGGUGAAAGACGGGACUAUUGACGAUCAAGCAAUCGUCGAGAUCUUCCAAUGGCGCGCGGCGGACCUCUCCUACCGGGCCUACCAAGCUCGGGUCGUCGAGAAGAAGGGCUGGACGAAAAUGAUGAUACAGCUUCACAACCUUAGUCGCGCAUACUCGGAACAGAUUCUGGUUACAAACUUUUACAAGUCAUUUAGUACGCUGUCGAGUCUCAGCUCGCCGACCCCGAACGUCCUCAAAAUCUGCUUCCGCCUGUACGCCCUCUACACGCUCGAUCAAGCCGCGUCCUCGUUCAGCAUGACCGCCGCCGUGAGCCCCGAGUCGGUGUACGGUUUGCAGGAUAUUAUUCUGGAGUUGAUGGCGGAGCUGCGUCCGCACGCUGUCAAACUUGUAGAUGCGUGGUCGAUACCUGACUUCCUGCUUGACAGUGCUUUGGGACGGAGCGAUGGCAAAGUGUAUGAAGAGUUAUUUGAUAUGGCGCAUAGGAGGAACCCCCUCAACAAGGUGACGUUCGAUCCGAAUUGGAGAAGUGAGGAUAUUGUGAUGGGAAGCGGCGAUGGUGGAAAGCACGUGCUUGCGAAAUUAUAG